CGCACGCCACACCCCUCGAAACACCCCCCGACGUCCCAUUCACAACCGUCACCAUGGAGAACGAACGCGGCGAGCUCGUCGACCUCUACGUCCCCCGCAAGUGCAGCGCCACCGGCCGCAUCAUCAAGGCCAAGGACCACGGCUCCGUCCAGAUCAGCAUCGGCAAGGUCGACGAGAACGGCCGCUACACCGGCGAGAACCAGACAUACGCUCUCUGCGGCUUCGUCCGCGCCAUGGGCGAGAGCGACGACUCCAUCAACAGGCUCACCCAGAAGGACGGCUUCCUCAAGAGCGUCUGGACCGCGCAGCGAUAAAUCACUGUGGGACACGUGCGUCUUGCCAGUCACCGUCGGUUUCGGGGACUGACAGGCUGCAGGAGUACCGGAUCUGGCAUGAGCGGAAAAGGACACGGAUUGCGUUUCAUGGCUUUUUAAGGCUUUCAUCAUGAGGGCUGCUACGGAGUCACGAUUGACGGAC